UGCACACCACAUGAUAAUUUACAACAAUUAUCCGUGUGCAUUGAAUUGAUAUUGAAUCGAUUAACGUGAAUGAAACUUAAUGAUAAGUAUAACCAAUAAUUAAAACAACAUGAUUACAAAAUAAUAUCGAUAAUGAUAAUAAAAACGUGCUUGUGUUUGCUGAAAUUACGCUAUGUCAGCGGCCUAGUAGAAAAUCCCAACCUGGCAAUGCACUAUCAGUCAUUAAUAUCUUAAAAUCAUUUUAUAUCUGACAGAUAUGGCAAUCUAUAAUUUUCUUUUUUCUCUUUUGCAGUUAAUGACAAAAAACGCAGAUGAUAGAUAAAUAUAUACCUUUUUUAAUCUUUACGUGACACGUGCGUAAUAAAUUUUAAACGCAUUUUGAACAUAUGCAAUAUACUAUCUAUUAUGGGCUAAAAUUAAUACAGUAUCUUUUUUCAUAAAAUUCAAAAUUUAUUCACAUAAAAUAAAGAUUUAUAAACCUCUAUUUUAAACAUUAUAAAUAUUAUAUGCUUAUAUUUUAUACAUUAAUGCUUGAAAUAAUUUAUAUUAUUUUCUAUGAUUUUGUUCCAACUAACAAUGACUGACAAAUGUUCACGCAAAAAAACUUGAAGAUUUUGAGUCGAUAAAGUUUUCAAGAUUUUUUCAGACUUCAUCUACUUAAAAUGUAUACCUAUCAGAUAAUGUUAGAGCGGCCGAAACAAGUAAUAAUCUAUCGGGACUAGGCGUAAAAAAAAUCGAAAGGGAUAAAAGAAAUAAAAAAGAAUUUUUUAUUUCAAAACGUAGAUUAUGUUUUUCAGCUAUUUUGCGGAAAUUUUUGCAAGCAAAUAUUGUGCUGCAAAAUAAAAUUUUCACUUCAAAACUUCUAAUAUCACUUUGCAUAUUUUAAGAGUCAGGUUUUAUCCAAAGUAGAACAAAUUAUUUCCGUAGUUUUCACAAUAUUAUUGUUUAAUAAAAUAUGAAAAAAUGCAAUAUCUCUAAUUAUGUAAAAUUAUAUUGCCAAUUUCACUAUGAUACAUAAUGUUUUGAAAACCAAAAAGAAAAUAUCUAUUUAAUUUAAAAAUAAAAUCAUAUGCACACUGAAUGUAUAAAAAUGCCGAAUUAACUUUCAAUUUAAUAUAUAUUUUUCAUUUUUAUAUGUACGUGAAGAAAUUGCAUUUUUAUCAAUAUUACACAUAUACAAAAAUUAAACACUGCUACGUAUAAUUUAAUUAAGUAGUAAAGCUAUAUAGUGUUCAGUCUGUAAUCCACAAUAAUAACUGAAUUAAUUGUAUUUGAGAAAAAAAUUAAUUUUUUGAAAAUGCAUUUAAAUGUAUAAGGACACAGAAAGAAAUGAUUAUGCAAAUGCAUGUUUUUUUGCUUCAUCAGAGAUCGAGAAGACUCGAUAAUAUUUCGGCCCACGUUAUAUGAUUUGCGGUAGUCAAACUAAUCUGUAGGGUGUUAUCACGCUGAUAAGGUUGCCGGAGCUGCUAUCAGGUAGCCAUAUUUUUGAUACAAUAUAUAGGUGAUCGAUAUAUUGCCAUACAGUUCUCAGGAAAACCACUAUCACGAGUUGAACAAGAGUUACAAUCUCGGACGGUUUUCAACGAUAAUUCCAAUUAAAUUCCUUUUUCGAGUGUCAAAUCUUCAACAAAUAUUUGUAGUUACCGAUUUGUAUUCGUUAUCGAAUAGUCACGAGAAGGAAUAGUUAAGAGAAGGACAUUAGAAAAAAGUGACAAUCUAUUUUUGAGAAAAUCUUCACAUAUUUCAACGAUUAGUGAUCGUGUUAUUUAUUUGUGGCAUUUGAGUGUCAUGUUAUAAAAUUAAUUUUUCGAGAAAUCCUUGAAGAUAUGUAAGUUGAUCAUAUCACAAAAAAUUUCGACUUCGAUAUUAAGAUUUUCCUUCUUGCAUUUUGAUUAAAUUCACCGGUAAACCGAACUCGUGUCACGGAGUUAUUGCAGAAGAAUAUGCUAUGAUCUUUCAACGCGAGACACGCGUGAGAUUUUCGGCGAAAACGAUCACGAGACGCGGAUCUAUUGCGCCCGGAAAAAGAUUUACGUAUUAAAGCAGUACACGUGAAGGAAUUUCUUUGGUUGAGUGAUCCUCAGUGAAUCAACUAACGGCGGUACGUUUCGGCUGAAAAAGCCGCGGGAGCUUUUUCAACUUUUGUAUCGGCUACAAAAAUCAGCACGUUCGUUAAUCGAGACGGGGAAAAAAAGCAAGAAAAAUGGCAACCGGAUAUGAUGAUUGUUACGACGCUUCUUGGCAUUUAAUACCGCCCGAUUACGUCAGCAAUGACGAAGAUUACAGGCUACUGGAAAGCAUGAAAAUGCCGGCUAGAACUUCUGGUUUUGCCAUUAGCGACAUUUUGGAGUUGAACGAUGCCAAACCGUCACAAGAAGAGCCAGAGGUGCAAGGUACCACGACGGUUUUACCAACGGCCAGCGAUGUGCCGACGGCUUACCAGCAAUUUCUGGAGCACACAACCGCCAUGUUGCAACCUAUGCACGCUAAUCUAAACAGGGGUACGCUACCACCGCCUCCACCUGGAUUAUUAGGAUGGCCAACUGGACCAGCAUUACCGGCAACACUACCUCAACCCUUGGAGGAAGUGAAUGUUCUUCAACAACCGGACUCGACGAGCCCGGCGAUCUCGGAUAUGUCAUUCCCGUCGCAACAGGAGAACAGUCACGAAUCGUCGAAGGAUGAAGAGUCACAGGAUUUUGAGGACGAGCAGCAGACCAGUAACGAGACGACGCAGCCUCACGAGACCGAGUACAAGAAACGGAAGCGACGCGUAUUAUUCUCCAAAGCACAGACUUAUGAACUAGAACGACGUUUCCGUCAGCAACGUUAUCUGAGCGCACCCGAGCGAGAGCAUUUGGCCUCUAUCAUUCGCCUCACGCCGACCCAGGUGAAGAUCUGGUUUCAGAAUCAUAGGUACAAGACAAAAAGGGCAGCGAGCGAGCGCGUCGAGGCCGGCGGCAGCGGCUGUUCACCCAGAAGAGUUGCUGUGCCGGUGCUGGUGAGAGACGGCAAACCCUGCCAAUCCAAGCUAAUGGAACCUACUCCUUAUCCCGGAAACGGUCAGGUCCCUAUGGCGCCAUAUAUACAGAAAUAUUGGUGGUAAGAUAGCUAACUUAGCUGACUGAGGUGAAACAAUUCGAAGCAAUUCGUGGUGAUUCACGUUAAUUGAUGGUUAUUGCAUGAGUCGAGAUGGCAAUUGUCGAUAAAGAGAAGAUUUGCGACAAGAAGUCGUAAAGAUUGAGAGGA